UCCAAGCGUCUCUCCGCUAUAUGAACGCGGAUGCACACACAAGGGAACGCCUCUUGCUCUCCACAAACUUUCCAUCACCACCUUUCGGGCGUUAACCAAACGCAUCGUUCGUUCGUCUCUCUCUCGCUCGGCCCGCGUUCGGUUGCUUGUCACGACUCGAAAGCCUCAACGACAAAGAGGAGGACAAAGUAAGCGCGGCUAAGCUUCGUGCAGGCGCGCACGCCAAGUCGUCUUCGCCGGUGGUCAACGUCUCCACCGAUCGAUCGAGAUGGCGUCGCCGGAGAGGCGAUCGUCCACGACGACGACGUCGUCGCUCCUCGGCAGCUUUCGGACGGCGGUCAAGAAGGUCCGGUUCCUGCUCUCCUUCAGCGCGACGCGGUGGAUCCUUUCCUCCAUCGUCGGCUCGCGCGCCGGGCCGCGGCGCCGCGUCAGCUUCGGCCCGGCGGCGCGGCCGCCUAGCCUGCUCGACUACGAGGGCAGCGCCAUCGUGUCGCCGCCGGCCAGGUCGGGGGCGCCGUCCAGGACGGCGAGCCUGGGGCCGUCGCCGGCGAGGACCGUGACGCGGACGAGCAGCGCGGCGUCCUCGGAGCUGCUGAGGACGUCGAGCGCCGGGUCGUCGUCGUCGUCGCCCGCCGGCGGCGGCGGCGACGACGACAUCGACCGGCGAGCCGAGCUGUUCAUCGCCAACUUCUACAAGCACAUACAGAUGGAGCGGCAGGUGUCGCUGCAGCUUCGGUACUUGGACAGGACGCCAUCCAGGUGAUGGAUUUUUCGUACGUGGCAGGAUCGAUUUUUACAAAAAGUAUCUCAUCAUCAAAAGCCAAAAAAAAAAGAAAAGGGUAUGUGGAUUUAGAUGGGUGUUUUUCGUUCCAUCAUUUCUCCACAUCUUAAUUUUGGAUUGUUUUCAUGAGAUAGAUACUUUAUUGAUUCUUUUUAUUGAGAGUUUGUAAAUCUCUAUCUCUAUCUCUACUAUUAUAAAAAUUGAAGAUGUUUUUAUCGGUA